ACUUUUAAAGUAGGCGUGGUUUUUAUCAAGCUAGGUUUCACGUCAGAGUCGUAUGGAGUGCGAAGAAGGUUGAAUUCUACUGCCACUCUCAGUUAUAAAAGCCCAGCCUCCAGACUGCAUCAUGGGGAAGAAGAGUCGAGUGAAGACCCAGAAGUCGGGCACUGCGGGGGCAGCCGCGGUGGCGUCGCCCAAGGAGAUGAUGAGCUUCGUCUCCGAGCUUCUGCAGUUGUGUAGCAGCACAGCGCCCUCCCCAGGUAAGGAGUGGGAGGAGUAUGUUCAGAUCCGCUCCCUGGUGGAGAAGAUCCGCAAGAAGCAGAAGGGCGUGUCGGUGCAGUUUGACGGCAGCAGGGAGGACUUCUUCCCCGAGCUGAUGGCCUGGGCCCAGGAGUGCGGGGCGUCCUGCGAGGGCUUCGAGGUGUCCAGCUUCGGGGGGGAGGGCUACGGCCUGCGGGCCACCCGCGACAUCAAGGCAGAAGAACUCUUCCUGUGGAUCCCCAGGAAGAUGCUGAUGACGGUGGAAUCUGCCAAGAACUCUGUUUUAGGCCCGCUGUACGGCCAGGACCGGAUCCUGCAGGCCAUGGGCAACGUGACGCUGGCCCUCCACCUGCUGUGCGAGCGGGCCAGCCCCUCGUCGCCGUGGCUCCCCUACAUCAAGAGCCUGCCGACGGACUACGACACGCCCCUCUACUACGAGGAGGAGGAGGUGCGCCCCCUGCUGGGCACGCAGGCCGUGCAGGACGUGCUGAGCCAGUACAAGAACACGGCGCGCCAGUACGCCUACUUCUACAAGGUGGUGCAGGUGAGCGGCCACACACACACACACACACACACACGUACACACACACACACACACACACACACACACACACACACACACACACAGAGAGGCGCGGGGUCGCUGAGCCGCUCCGCCGGAACCUGCUUAUCUUUUAAUGGCUGUCGGCACCGGGAGGAGGAGGAGGAGGAGGAGGUGGAGGAGGCUUAG